AUGGCGAGUGCUGAAGUGCGAGAUUCUCAGGAUAAACUUACCGGAAAAACUUUCAGUUUGAACUUAGAAGAAGUCAACAAUAAUCCUGAUGAAUUAAUUGAUAUGCGAGGCCAAGGAAGAUAUUUUGGUAAUGCUGACGAGACCAUCGAUAUGGUGUGCCGUAACUGCCAUAAAACUGGGCAUAAAGCUGCGCAUUGUAAAACGGUGAUUUGUCUUGCCUGUGGCGCAAUUGAUGAUCAUUAUUCUGAUCAGUGUCCGAGAUCCAUCACCUGUACGAAUUGUGGAGAGAAAGGUCAUUAUAAGAAUGCUUGUACUAAGAGAUCUCAAAGAAUUUUUUGCACUUUGUGCGAAUCCAACAAGCAUAAUAGGGAUAGAUGCCCAAGUAUAUGGAGAAGUUAUAUUACAUUUGGUGAUAAGAACGGGAAGCUUUUGUAUCCUUUCAGAUCGGUGUUUUGUUAUAAUUGUGCCGCAAAGGGUCAUUUCGGGGACGAUUGUCCUGGGCCAAGGUCCUCUAGAAUUCCAAACUUUGAUGGCAGUUCAUUUUCCGGGGAUAAUUUGCCAAGAGAUUUAAGAGAUCAAUAUUUCCAUUUGCUUAGGAAAAGAAGCUACGAAGACGAUGAGAGUGAGGGAAGUAAAAGUAGUAGCAGUAGUAGCUGGGGAGGAAACUUCUUCCAUUACGACUACGAUAAGGAUAAUCAGCAACAAGGACUAAGUAAAAAUCAUCCAAAAUUCGAAAAAACCAAAAAAGGUAAAAAAGAGAAGAAGAAGCAGCAGAAACUAGAAAAGAAGAGUAAAAAGGAAAAAGAACUAGAGAAUCAAAGAAAAAGAAGAAAAAUUGAUCAUAGUAACUCACAAUUAUAUGAUAAUGCGCCUAGUUACAAUAAAAAGGGCAAUGUUAUUAUCAAGCCAAAGAGAUCAGGAAAAAUUUCUGCCCCAACUGCUCCAUUAAAAAACCUGGCCAGCUACCAAAGGCCUGUGCCAACAUUCAAUUCGCGCGGGAAUAUUUAUAAUCAAGGGUAUAAUAAUAGAAACGAUUUUAAACCACAGGGAAGAUCGGGAUAUUUGCCACCAAAGAGACUGAACGAUUACGAUCAACAGAGGUAUUCUGGAGGCAGAACAUCAUUUAAUAUUCAACCUUCGAGAUCAGGAACAUUGGGAAAGGACAACAAUAAGAGUAAUAACAAUAAUAGAAAAAGAACAGGAGGAAACAAUAACAGAAAGAAUUAUUAUAGAGGGAACAUAAAUUACUGA